GAACUCACAUUUUUGAUGACAUAGACAUGUCUCGUAAUCAGAAAACUAAACAAAAUGAAAGCUAAGAAUGCACUUAUAUAUACAAAUACUAUUGAUAUAAUCGGGCGCUUGUGACCUGGUGAUAAAAGGUUCACGGCUGUGAGUUUUGCUACCUAGGUUCGAGUUCCGACCACUGUUGAUUAAAAUGAAGUGAAAAAGCGGUCUUCCUGGAUGCUUUCGGCGAGCUCCCGGCUCAACUCCGGUGUACGGUUAUCUUUUUCGAGGAUAUCCGGAUACAGGAUAUCAAAAAAAAAAUACUUGAUAUAACUAUUGAAAAUUAUCGAUAAACGUACCACUUUUUAUGACCGGUUUUUCUUACCUGCCGAUCUUAAACUAUAAGGAUUUUGCCCUGUACAACACUUUUAUGCAGCAUAGAAAACGUGAGAGUUAUUCUUGGAGCUUUUACGCAUCGGCUCUUGACCUUGAUCAACAGGUGAUUAUUGCAUCUGAAUCUGUACUGGAAAAAGCUGAUCAUCUUUUAUAACAAUAUACUUGUUUAUCUCAAUUUGAAUACAUCUUAUAGAAAAUUAGAAGAAUUUUUGAUAAGUAGUGGGACGCUGGCAUCAGUCCUUUAAAGCUAGUGGUAACAUCCUAUGAUAAGAAAACCUAAUAAUCCUGUUCUUAUAAUGGUACCAGUUAGGUAAAGCAGGAAUAAAUAUAAAAGAUUAAUUGGAAUAACUUUUUUUAUUCAUGAAACCUAAACAAGAAAUGUUGAGAUGUACUGUACAAGUUACUGAACUUACCAAAAUUUACCAAAAUUUGCAUCCUUAUGAGGAUUCCAUUAUCUUUUAAGUAAACAUCCUUGUCCAGCACUAACUAACUCCCCCUAAAUCACGUGUGUUGUACUAGUUAACCUACAUUACCUUCCCUGCCUACAUAUAUGAGCUCUAUCCUAAGGUUAGAACAACACAACCCCAAAACAAGCCAUUACUUCUAUUACAUCCACAUACCAAGAUGGAAAGCUUGGAAAUUCCUAGGCAAGAAGUUCACAUCAAAAUUAAUGAUUCACUAUCGACCACUAAAGAGAGAAACACUGACCUCCCUCAUGCCAAACCCAUUGUUCUGAUGUCUGUAUUGAGUAGUCUCCAUGCAGGCUAUUUCAGAAUAAGCCUCUCUCUCUGCAGCCAGGCUCUGCUAUGGAAGAUAAUGAUCGCACCUCAUUCACUAAGCAUGUCUCACUUGCAAAGCAGUCUCCCGUCUAUGGCGUUCCAUCUCCUGUGGUACCUAGCACUUGCAACGCAACUGUCACUCUGUGUUUUGUACGCGUUGAAGUGUUUCUUCUUCUUUGACUUGGUGAAAGAAGAGUUCUCACAUUAUAUUGGAGUAAACUAUCUUUACGCUCCAUCCAUCUCAUGGCUUAUCUUGCUUCAGUCAGCUCCAGUGAUGGAACCACAAAGCGUUCUGUAUCAGACAUUAUUCUCCGUGUUUGCUCUUCCCGUCUUGGCCCUCGACACAAAGCUUUAUGGCCAGUGGUUCACAACAGAGAAAAGGUUCCUGUCGAUGAUGGCAAACCCGGCAAGCCAAGUAUCAGUAAUUGCAAACCUAGUGGCUGCACGGGGAGCAGCAGAGAUAGGUUGGAUGGAGUGUGCUCUAUGCUUGUUCUCGCUCGGGAUGGUUCACUAUUUGGUUAUCUUUGUUACACUUUAUCAACGUCUACCGGGAGGUAAGAACUUCCCAACCAAGCUGAGGCCAGUUUUCUUCUUGUUCUUUGCUGCACCAGCCAUGGGAAGUCUAGCUUGGAACUCCAUUUGUGGAACCUUUGAUCCUCUAGCAAAGAUGUUGUUCUUUCUUUCGCUCUUCAUCUUCAUGUCCCUGGUUUGUAGGCCAAAUCUUUUCAAGAAGGCAAUGAAAAGAUUCAAUGUUGCAUGGUGGGCUUACUCGUUCCCCAUCACUUUUCUUGCAUUAGACUCAGUUCAGUAUGCGCAAGAUGUGAAAGAUCAGGUCGCUUCUGGAAUGAUGCUUAUCUUCUCAUCUAUCUCCGUUUUGAUCUUCCUUGGUAUGAUGGUUCUGACAGCAGCAAACAGCAAUAGACUACUCAGACGAGAUCCUGUCCUCGGUUCUGCAGCUAGUCCAAAAGACAAGCAAAAGUCAUCACGGCUCGGCACUGGUACAUGUUAACCAAAGGCAAAGCUAGUCUGCUCCAGCUUUUCCACUUAGAAAACCAAGUGCUUGCUUCUUCAUAGCUUCUAUGACCUUCUUUAUUAUGCGUAACUCUUUAUUAUGCGUAAUCCUCUCAAUGCAAUGAUGCAACCACUAUCGAUUUAACA